GUCCACAAUGUCCGCGUCCGCGUCUUCGUCUUCGUCUGUGUGUGGUGCCGCCACUUCAAGUGGAGCAGGAAAUGCUCUGGGAGCCGCCACUAGCAUUGCCAAUCUGGCAAAGAUUGUGAACAUCAUAGAGUCUAAUGUGAGGGCAGACGACUGCGACGAGGAGGAGCUUGAGGCCUCAAAGGCGCCCACCAGCGGGAGCAGCGUUCGCCUGGCCAGCAGCAGUGCCCCCCGGAGGAGCACCUGUUCGUAUGUGCCGAAGUCACCACAGCUGGAAGAGAUCGUGUUCGCGAAGCCCACCUGCACAGAGCGCUUGGCACGCUACUUUGUCAUCGUCAUCUAUCUGUGCGGACUGUGCUGCCUGGGCUUCUUUCUGUCUAUCUACCACAUCUUCUUCUGGGACUCGCGCAUGCCGCCCGUCUUCAAGGGGCAGAAGAAGCCCGCCUUCGGCUAAAGCUGCCCUCGAUUUGGAUAUCUCAGAAAAGAAAUUUGAUUUCGGUAAGCCCAGCCGGACCCUGCAAAAUAUAUUACCCAA